UCUGCGCAGACUCGUGCACACGGAGGAAGAGACGGGCUAACGUCCAACAGAAGAAUUUUAGUCUCUUUUAUAAAGCUCUUAGGAGCUCAUCACCACCAGUAAAGCUGUAUAAGCACCGGGUUGACGGGACUGAAGGAAGUGGCGCUUCAUACGGGGAGCUACCUGCUGAUAUCGCCAUGAGUUACAAACCGAUUGCUCCUGCGCCAUCUGGCUCCAACCACACUCCUCCAGGCUCUUCUGUGCCAUCUCCAUCUCUGCCCUCAUCAUCCAAUUUUAGGCCUGCUUUUAGUGACUUUGGUCCACCAUCUAUGGGCUUUGUUCAGCCUGUCAAAGUGUCUCAAGGGUCCACCUACAGUGAGCUUCUGUCUGUAAUUGAAGAGAUGAGUCGGGAAAUCCGGCCAACAUAUGCUGGAAGCAAAAGUGCAAUGGAGAGGCUAAAGAGAGGUAUCAUUCAUGCCCGUGCACUGGUCAGAGAGUGUCUUGCAGAGACGGAGCGAAGCGCUCGCACGUAACCUUUUGGAAAGCUCCCCUCACCUGUCCCAUGCUCCCUGUACAAGCCUGUCCUCAUCAUGAUCCCAUCAUCAUUUUUACACUCAUUUCUUAUCUAUCCUUCACCUUUUCCUUGCUGGCUUUUUAUAGGUGCAUUAUUCUCAUCUUGUUUCCACUUUUCCCUGCAUUCCAACUUACCCAUUUUCUCUACAUCACUUUGUCACACACUUGCUGUAACUUCUGGGGUGUAUAAAAAAAGAUCAGUUUUAUACAAGUAAAUAAAACAAGUGUAGGGAAUGUCAAGUAUUUUUAAGUACAGCUGUGCGUAAAAAGCAUAGUGAAAUGGGUCAGGCAUUAACUUAUUUAAUGACAACUGAUAAACAAGAUUGGCCUUUAAAAGAAAUUAGAUCAACGUGUAACAUUUGUGCUCCUGUUUGUUUUUUGUUUAUUUUAUCUGAGUGUCUUGAAUAUACUUCAUUGCUAUUCUCCCUUGCUUUGUCUUCACAUUUUAUAGUGCAAACCCACUCUAGAUGUUCUGAUACUCUCGCAAUCCCAAGAAUUCUGUACAUCGAGUCAAUUUGUUAGUAUGGAAAUUUUGUAAACAGGAUUUUUGCAGUUCAAUAAGUAUAUCUUAAUUAAAUAACUCAAAAACA